AUGGCUUCAGGAGCAAUUUUCUCGUCGUUGCGGCGGCGAAGAUCGCCGACGUUGGAAGCUUUUCUUGCUCCGGUUGACUUAAGCGACGUCGCUUUGGUUCAGACUCUUGUUGCGGUGGUGAACGAGCUUGUUUCUUGUUUUACGAAGUGUUCCUUUUUCUUUCAGAGGAAGAACACGCGUUCUUUGAUUAGAAAGGUUGAGGUUUUUCAGUUGCUUUUGGAGUAUUUGAAUGAUUCGGGUUCUAAGGGGUGUAAUCUUCCGUCUACGGCUUUGCUUUGUUUGAAGGAGCUUUAUUUGUUGCUGUAUAGGUCGAAGAUUCUUCUUGAUUACUGCGCGCAAUCGAGUAAGUUGUGGCUUUUGCUUCAGAAUCAUUCGAUUUCGGGGCAUUUUCAUGAUUUGAAUCAGGAGAUUUCGACUCUUUUGGAUGUUUUUCCUGUUAAGGAGGUUGGUUUGAGUAAGGAUGUUAGGGAGCAGGUUGAGCUUUUGUUGAAGCAAUCGAGGAGAGCUAAGUUGUUCAUUGAUAUGGGAGAUGAUGCGCUUAGGAUUCGAUUCUUUUCGUUUCUUGAUGAGUUUGAGAAUGGGAGGGUUCCGGAAUCGGAUGAGUUGCGGUGGUUUUAUGUUGAGAAGUUGGGGAUUGUUGAUGCGGGUUGUUGUAGAGGUGAAAUUGAGGCUUUGGAGGAGCAGAUUGUUAACCAUGAGGGGGAUAUUGAGCCUACGAUUUCGGUGCUGAAAGGGUUGGUGGCGAUGACGCGGUAUUGUAGGUUUUUGAUUUUUGGUUUUGAGGAAGAUGAGCUUGAUUUGGAAAAUGGGAUUCAGAAGAAGCCGAAGAUGGGUUUGAUUACUCAAGAAAUUGCUGAAACGUUUUUAACUGUUCCGAAGGAUUUUUGUUGUCCGAUAUCAUUGGAUUUGAUGAGAGACCCGGUGAUUAUUUCAACCGGUCAAACUUAUGAUAGGAGUUCCAUUUCUAGGUGGAUGGAUGAAGGGCAUACAACUUGUCCAAAAACAGGUCAAACGCUUGCUCACACUCGUCUUGUCUCAAAUCGUGCCUUGAGGAAUUUGAUUGUGCAGUGGUGCAAUGCUCAUGGAAUUCCUCUUGAUCCGCCAGAGGUGAUGGAUGCAAUGGGUGAAGCUUUUGGAUCUGCUUCUCCCACCAAAGCUGCCCUUGAAGCAAAUAGAGCUACUGCCAAUCUUCUCAUUCAACAGCUAGCUAAUGGAUCGCAAUCCGGAAAGACUAUAGCUGCUCGGGAGAUUCGGUUGCUUGCAAAAACGGGCAGAGAAAAUCGUGCCUUCCUUGCAGAAGCGGGGGCGAUUCCUUAUCUUCGGAACUUACUUUCGACGCCUAAUUCCGUUGCGCAGGAAAAUUCAGUUACUGCAUUGCUCAACCUAUCCAUUUACGACAAGAACAAAAGCAGGAUCAUGGAUGAGUCAGGUUGUCUUGGAUCAAUUGUAGAUGUGUUGAGAUUUGGGCAUACAACAGAAGCAAGGGAAAAUGCUGCUGCAACAUUGUUCAGCCUAUCAGCAGUCCAUGACUAUAAGAAGAUAAUUGCGGACGAGACUGGAGCUGUUGAAGCCCUAGCAGGGCUUUUGCAAAACGGGACUCCUAGAGGAAAGAAGGAUGCAGUGACAGCUUUGUUCAAUCUUUCCACACACACCGAGAAUUGUGUUAGAAUGAUCGAAGCAGGAGCCGUAACAGCUCUAGUCGAGGCUUUAGGUUACGAAGGAGUUGCCGAGGAAGCAGCAGGUUCCCUUGCCUUGAUUGUUCGGCAGCCUUUUGGAGCCAAAGCAGUAGUCAAACAGGAAGAAGCCGUAGCAGGAUUGAUAGGAAUGAUGCGUUGUGGAACACCGAGGGGCAAAGAAAACGCAGUUGCAGCAUUACUCGAGUUAUGUCGGAGUGGAGGUUCAGCUGCAACCGAAAUGGUGGUCAAAGCACCAGCUUUGGCUGGAUUACUUCAAACCCUACUAUUUACCGGAACAAAGCGAGCUAGACGAAAAGCCGCUUCACUCGCGAGAGUGUUUCAGAGAUGUGAAAAUGCAUCUCUACAUUAUGGUGGAUUAGGUGUAGGCUAUGCAUAUGCUAGCAAUUCAGCUCAAACUAGGGAUACAAGCUUUGCUGCUGGUGAUGUUUCAGUACCAAUGUCCAUCUCUGUACCUGUAUUAUAG